AUCAAAUCGAGUUGUUUUUAGUUUUAGGAGCGUUAUACUGAUUGAUAGCAAUGUUCUAAAUGAGAAUAUUUUUAUAUAAAGUAUAUUUAUUUACUAAAAUAAAAAGUUAAAAUGUAGUAUCAAUUAACAAAAAUUUUUAGUUUCUUAUGCCAUUGAAAUGGAAAACAUAUUCUAAAGGGUCUAUAGUUUUGAUACACCCUUAUAAAGAGUAUGGAGCAUUUCGCAUUGCGCAGCUGCCAACAAUAUUGUCAAAUCGAUGGCAUGGUCCUAGCAUCUUUCCUUUGGCUAUCUGAUAGUAAGCUGGAAUCCUGCAACAAUGAGCUCAUUAUCCAAACAGCAACCCAAUGGACAGUACAACCUCCCGGCUGCGCUGGAUUUGCGCCUGUGGCCUGGCCAUCUCCGUGUAUUCACUGUAUGUGAAAAAGAAACUGGAGGAGGAUGCGAACUACAGGCCCAUAUGCGAUGUGAAUGAUAAUAUAAGCUGCUCCCUGGUAUUUAAAUCAGUCUAUGGCAAUGGCUUUGGUCUUUCUAAAAUAACCAAACUAAAUUAUCCCAAUGGAGUCAUUGGAUGUGUAUUUUAUGUCCUCUAUUUUGUGAGCUCUUUUUUUAAACAUCAAUGGCUGUGCUUGGCCCAAUUGUUAUUAUGCACUUUGACAUUAUUCCUCUGCGUUUAUCUGGGAUUCCUGCUGCUGUUUGUCUUCUACGACUGCUGUUUGGUGUGCUUGGCCAUCUAUUUAAUACACACAUGGCUCUUUCAGGAAGUCGUACGCCGCUAUAGACGUCUCUAUUUCUAAGAUUUGUGUAAUUUAAAGUCAUGUUUAAAUUAUGAAGAAGAUAAAAGCUUAAGAUAAACAACUAA